AUGAAGACCGCUGGUACUUUCGUUGCUCUGGCCGCCGCCGCUGGCACUGCCGCCGCCGCUCCCAGUGAGGGCACUGGCCUCAAGUUCAGCAUCCCCGCGCACAAGAACCCAAUUCAGCGAAACCCUAUUGCCGAUGCGCACUACGCGCUCCGCAAGUUUGCCACCCCGGAGACCAUUGAGAAGAUCGAGGCCGACCUUCUCGCCCGCCGCGAGGCUAUUCUCCUCGGCCAGCGUGACGAGAACACCACUGUCGGCGCCAACCCCCACGGCCAAGACGGUGUUGAUACCUCUUACCUCUGCGAGGUCAGCAUCGGCACCCCUCCCCAGAAGCUGAUGCUCGACUUCGACACUGGCUCCAGCGACCUGUGGGUGUUCAGCACCGACACACAGACAUCGGAGACCAACGGCCAGACCCUGUACAAGCCCGCCAAGUCGAGCUCUUCCAAGCUCCUGCAGGGCUUCAAGUGGGCCAUCGGUUACGGCGACAAGAGCAACAGCAAGGGCGUUGUCUACCAAGACGUCGUCAAGAUUGGCACCGCCAGCGUCAACAACCAGGCUGUUGAGUCUGCCACGGAUGUCUCUUCCCAGUUCACCAAUGACUCUGACAGCUCUGGCCUGCUCGGCCUGGCCUACGACAAGGGUAACACUGUCAAGCCCACGCAGCAGAAGACAUGGUUCUCCAACAUCAAGAGCAGACUGGCCCAGCCGCUCUUCACCGCUCGCCUGAAGCACCAGGAGGUGGGCUCCUACAACUUUGGUUACAUCGACCAGUCCCAGUACACUGGCGACAUCUCGUACACCCCUGCGUUCACUGACGCUCUCGGCCACCGUCUGUUCAAUGCUACCGGCUACGCCGUCGCUGACGCUGAGCUCAACGACCGUGUCAUCACUGGUACCGCCGACACUGGUACCUCCAUUGUCUACCUCCCUACCGACGUCGCUUCCGACUACUGGAGCAACGUUGACGGCGCUCAGAAGCAGCAGGUUGCUGAAGGCCAGUACCUCUGGGUCUUUGACUGCAACACCAGUCUCCCUACCUUUUCAUUCGGUGUCGGCUCGGGCCGCAUCACCAUCCACAGCGACAACAUCAACUUUGCUUCUGAGCAGGGCAGCUGCAUCGGUGGUCUCGGUGGUAUUGAUGGUGCCCUGGCCAUCUUUGGUGACGUUGCCAUGAAGUCUGGCUUCGUUGUCUACGAUGACGGCAACAACCAGCUUGGCUGGGCUGAGGGUGCUUAA